ACAUACAAAAAAAAAAAUUUAAACGGCGUACGGAAAACAGUUAAGAAAUUUGUUUCAAUUCGCUUGAAAUACGGUUAACUAAAAUUUUGGUAACUGUGACACACACCAAAGAGAACAGCAAUUCCAAUAAUAAAGUGGCGUUCCGAAUAAACGUUGAAAAUGACAACCGUCUCAAACAAAAUGCAACAACAACAACAACAACAACACCAAAGGCAGACAUCACCCUAUCGGUCGCAUUUGCACAAUGGCGGCGGUGGUGGUGGUGGGGGACACAGUAGUCGCAGUAGCAGUGUGGUUAGCAGUGGUGGAGAGUCGCCACCGCAAUUAACUGGAUCGGAUGCGCUCAACAUGACGAUGGCGGCAACUAACGCGACAACGGCAUUGUCACACAAGCGUCAUCAUCAACAAAAUCACCACCAGCACCAGCACCAGCACCAGCACCAACACUCCAACCAACAGCAAAGUAUGAUAGUCAGCUCCUCAUUAGCUGUCGCCAAUAUAGCGUACAACACGCAACAGCAACAGCAGCAACAACAUACGGCAGGACAACAGCAAUCGAGCCAGCAGCAACAGCAGCAACACCAGCAACACCCACCACAUCAGACACAUCAGUCGCAUCAGUCAAACCAUCACAAUCAUCACCAACAACAACAGAACGACCAUAUUAAGCGGCCAAUGAACGCAUUCAUGGUUUGGUCACGCGGACAGCGACGCAAAAUGUCACAGGAUAAUCCAAAAAUGCACAAUUCAGAGAUAUCAAAACGUUUGGGCGCUGAGUGGAAAUUACUUACCGAGGGACAAAAGCGACCAUUCAUCGACGAGGCGAAACGUUUACGUGCGCUACACAUGAAAGAACAUCCAGACUAUAAAUACCGUCCGCGUCGUAAACCAAAAACACUCAACAAAUCCCCAGUGCCUGGCUCUGCCACAAACGGCUCAACGAAGGAGUCCCAACAUCUCGGAGCAUCGGCCGCCGCUGCCGCAGCUGCUGCUGCUGCUGUCGCCGUAGCCGUACAACAUCCACAUCAUGCCCAUCUACACCAACAGCAUUCGCCCACCAGUCAUCAUCACAUCGCCGCGGCGGCCAAGUAUGGCUUUGGUGCAACACCGCUCGAGUUGACUUUGAAUAUGCCAACCAGACAUCUGCCAGGCGCUUUUCCAACAGCGACGGCACUAACGCAUUACCCACUCGAUCCGACCAUAGCACUGGAUUUGCAGGCUCGUCUGCAAGCCAUGUAUGCCGGCACUCUCUAUCACCCGUGGCGCUAUUUUGGCUGUCCACCGCUUAUAAGUCCCGAGACACCGCCUUCGCCGCCCAGUAGCAACGGUACGGGUAGCAUUGCCUCCUCCUUUGGUUGUGGCAUAAAAUCGGCCAAAUCAUCACCCACACUGCCAAUGUCGACGAGCACACAAGCGCCGCCGAAUAUCAUUUGACCAACUCCUUUAAGAUUUGGCGGCAAUUCUGUGAGUAAUGCCACCAUUGCGGUGAUGGCGGAACCGGCUAUGUAGGCUUCUGUAGGCGCUAAUUGUGUAAAAUGAUAGCAUAAGCAUUUCAAUUAUGUUCGGUUUGAGUAUACUGUAUUAUAUGUAUGUAUGUGGGUAUACAUUAAUUGCAAUUAUUCUAAAUAAUUUAGCUGAGAAAGUGUGGACAAUUUUAUGCACUAAGACU